AAGAAGCAAUGCACGAUUUUCUGUUGUUUUCUUAUUUAUAUUCUAUUAAACUGCGUUAAAAAUGCUGGACAAGGUUAAAAAUAUUAUCGUAGUGCUCUCCGGAAAAGGCGGAGUUGGGAAAUCCACAGUGAGCACCCAAUUGUCGCUGGCACUGCGCAAAAAUGGAUUCAAAGUUGGCUUGCUCGAUAUAGAUCUGUGUGGACCCAGUGUGCCUUAUCUCUUGGGAUUGGAGGGACGCGAUAUAUUCCAGUGCAGCGAGGGCUGGGUCCCCGUCUAUACGGAUGAAUCCCAGACCCUGGCCGUGAUGUCCAUUGGAUUCCUGCUGAAGAACCGCGAAGAUCCGGUCAUUUGGCGCGGACCCAAGAAGACCAUGAUGAUCCGUCAGUUCCUCAACGAUGUGAGGUGGGAUGAGUUGGAUUACCUAAUCGUCGACACUCCGCCCGGCACUUCGGAUGAGCACAUCACCGUGAUGGAGUGCCUCAAGGAGGUCAAUUGUCAUGGAGCCAUCAUUGUGACCACUCCGCAGGAAGUGGCCUUGGAUGACGUGCGCAAGGAGAUAACCUUCUGCAAGAAAACCGGCAUCAAAAUCAUGGGCAUCGUCGAGAAUAUGAGUGGGUUCGUGUGCCCCCAUUGCACCUCAUGUACCAAUAUUUUCUCUUCAAACGGUGGCGCUGCACUGGCCGCUUACACCGAAGUCCCGCAUCUUGGAACCCUGCCCAUUGAUCCACGGGUUGGUGUCCUGGCGGGAAGCACUGCAUCCGUUUUAGACGAGCUACCGGAUUCCACGACGGCAGAGGUGUUCACUAAUUUAGUUGAGAAAGUCAAAUCGCUCACGGUUGUCUAAAUAAAACCAAAUAAAAUCCUACAUUUGUUGCCAAUUUUACAUUAAA